AUGAAAGACCUGGGCUGCCUCAAGUACUUUCUGGGUAUUGAAGUGGAUAGAUCUGAAAAUGGAUUCUUUAUCUCUCAACACAAAUACACCUCAGAUAUCCUCACUGAAUAUGGCAUGCUACAUUCCAAACCUUUACAACUUCCCAUGGACAGUCACCUUAAAUUAACUCAUGACAAGGGUGAUGUCCUCCCUAAUCCCACUCUCUACCAAAGACUCCUAGGCAAGCUUAUCUACCUCACUAUCACCGGGCCAGAUAUUGCCUUCACUGUUCAACUCCUAGCCCAAUUUAUGCAACAACCCACAACUGUCCACAUGCAAGCUGCCAAGAGACUUUUAAGAUAUCUAGCUGGCACUCUCUCUCAGGGUAUCCUACUGGCUUCCUCUUCAGCUGCCCAGCUCACAGCUUACUAUGACAGUGACUGGGCAAGCUGUCCUAUCACAAGAAGAUCCACUACAGGUUACUGCAUUUUUCUAGGCCAUUCCCCAGUCAGCUGGAAGACAAAGAAACAACCUGUGGUGGCUAGAUCCUCUGCAGAAGCAGAAUACAGAGCCAUGGCUCUCACCACAUGUGAAGUAACCUGGCUUUCAGCCUUACUCAAGGACCUUGGGCUCAAACAACUGCCACCUACUGUUCUCAAGUGUGACAACAAAGCAGCCUUGGCUAUUGCUGCCAAUCCUGUUCUACAUGAGAGAACAAAACAUGUGGAAUUGGAUUGCCAUUAUGUAAGGGAAAAAAUACAAGCUGGGACAAUUACCACAUCUCAUGUUUCCUCCUCUGAUCAAGUUGCAGACAUCAUGACCAAGGUUCUCCCUGUCAAGCUGCACCUAUCUCAUCUCACAAGCUGGGAGCUUCACCUGAGCUGCACUCCCCAGCUUGAGGGGGCGUAUUAA